GCCCCGUCCUUCAGUAGAAUCCCUGCGCGCGAUAACGCGUCAGAAUCAACCAAAAGAAUCUUUAAUUUUUCCAAUGAAUUGUACGUCUAAAAGCUGAUGAAUUGCACGGGAGAUUGAUCCUUUUUGGAUCGCGGAUUCAUAUAUUGGUGGAGACGGGCGUGUUUGAGGUUUAAAGAUCCACUGGAGUAGCUUUUUUCUUUGAGGUUUUGAACCAUGGCAAAGAACAACAGCCUCCAUCCGAACAGCAAUGGAGAGAUUGACGACUCGCCAAACAUGUUGGUUUACAGAAAGAUGGAGGAUGUUAUUGCCAGGAUGCAAGAUGAAAAAUAUGGCAUACCUAUUCGUACAGUGAAGAGUUUCCUAUCCAAGAUUCCCAGUGUCUUCUCUGGUUCAGACAUUGUCCAGUGGCUGCUGAAGAAUCUAGGUAUCGAAGACCAAGUUGAGGCUCUUCAUGUGGGCACAUUGAUGGCAGCUCAUGGCUAUUUCUUCCCCAUCUCUGACCAUGUGCUUACUCUUAAAGAUGAUGGCACAUUCUACAGAUUUCAGACACCGUAUUUCUGGCCUUCAAACUGCUGGGAGCCUGAGAACACUGACUAUGCUGUGUACUUGUGCAAAAGAACAAUGCAGAACAAAGCACGUCUGGAACUGGCUGAUUAUGAAGCUGAAAGUUUAGCACGACUACAGCGGGCAUUCGCAAGAAAAUGGGAGUUCAUAUUUAUGCAAGCAGAGGCUCAAGCAAAAGUUGAUAAGAAAAGAGACAAAAUUGAGAGGAAAAUACUGGACAGUCAAGAGAGAGCUUUCUGGGAUGUGCACAGACCAGUGCCAGGGUGUGUGAACACAACAGAAGUGGACAUAAAAAAAUCAUCCAGAAUGAAGAACCCUCACAAAACAAGAAAGUCUGUAUACGGCCUUCAGAAUGACAUUCGCAGCCAUAGCCCCACCCACACGCCAGCCCCUGAGGCCAAGCAACCAACCGAGGAAGAGCUUCAAGAACAGAUCAAGUUUGGUCAACUUCAGUUAGACAGACAUCGAUUGAAAAUGUCCAAAGUUGCAGAGAGUUUGCUGAGUUAUACUGAACAAUAUUCAGACUACGACCCCUUCCUGUCCACUCCUGACCCAUCUAACCCUUGGAUAUCAGAUGACACAACAUUCUGGGAGCUGGAGGCCAGUAAGGAACCCGGUCAAACUAGAGUUAGACGCUGGGGUUUUGGAAUCAAUGAGGUCUUGAAAGAUCCUGUUGGGAGGGAGCAGUUCCUCAAGUUCCUGGAGUCUGAAUUCAGUUCUGAAAACCUCAGGUUCUGGUUGGCAGUGCAGGAGUUAAAAAGGAGGCCGAUAAGGGAGGUGCCAACACGGGUGCAGGAGAUCUGGGAGGAGUUUUUGGCUCCUGGAGCCCCCAGUGCCAUCAACGUGGACUCAAAGAGCUAUGGCAAAACCACACAGAACAUCAAAGACCCAGGACGAUAUGCUUUUGAGGAUGCACAGGAGCACAUAUACAAGCUAAUGAAGAGUGACUCUUACAGUCGUUUCAUUAGAUCCAGUGCCUACCAGGAGCUUCUGCAGGCAAAAAAAAAGAAAAGUAAGAACUUGUUUUGAAGGAAGGCAGUGCUUCCAGGGUAAAUCUCUGAUAUCUAAGAGGCUGUCUGCUGUCGUCCAAUCUUGCUGAGCCUCAAAACAAUCCACUGAGGAUGAGGAUGCUGUCAUUUUCAUCUCUGUCGUUUGAUUCGUCCAGACCCCAGAUACCCUGGAAAAUGGACCGAAUCACAUGCAUGUCCAAGAGACUGAAUUUUUACGUCAGUUUCUACUUGCUACCUGCUAGUUUCAGUCUGUCAGACAGUUAGACAUUAUGGACUUCUAAUAUUUAAGAAACGCAGCAAUGUCUUUCAAAAGAGGAAAAUGAUGUUCAGGUCUUAUUUCCUCUUCUGUCUGUCAGGACUAUGUUUCCAGUUGUAGACUGAUCUAAAUGAUGUCAAAAAUCUUAUAUCACAAAAAUAACAGCGUAGGCACAUUGUGUAAAAUCAAGAAUCUUUAGACACAGAGAUGAUCUCUUCCUACUCACCUUUCAUCUCUUUUGCAUUGAUUUUAUUGCACUAUAAAGGUUUUAGCACACACAUGCUUUUAUCGCACCUGUAAAGUCGCAUGGGAUAUAUCAGAAGCGAUUGGCCGUGUCCCGUCAGGUCUAGUUUUUUGUCUCCCUCUCUGUUUAUUUAAUUUUUUUUACACCAUCGGUAAACACACUUUUACUUAAAGAUGUUUUAAAGACAGUGCUUUAUCUGAAAGUCACACAAAGAUUUCUCAUUCGCCAUGCCAAAUGUUAAUCUGUAAAAGACUUUAUCUGGGCUGAGCUGACGCAGCAGUUGCGCACUUGUUUUUGACAUGUUAAAAGUUGUAGUGCUCCCGCAGGAAACACAUGUUUAAAUCUGGAAUGUGUCAUGUCCUGAUCUAAUCCCCCCUUUCUUUCCUUUAUAAUUUCCUGUCACUACUUUCCUGUCCAAAAAUGUUACUCUGAUAUUUUGCUGCAGAGAAAUCAUAUAGCUUUGUAUGAAUUUGUUACAUGUUUUGUGUGCUUUUCUAUACUUUAAUAGCUUGUAAUUGUAAUGUACAUAUGUAUGUGUGUAUUUAUGUUUCAUCUCCAUAUCAAUCUUAAUUUAUCCUACCAACCAGCCUGAACAAAUAGGACGUUGACAUGACAUUUCAAACAGUGACAGCGGUGUCCUGCCGUGUGACAUGCUAUUCUUCAUCUAAAACUAUUUCAAACCUUUUAUUCCGAUUCUCAUAUAAUUUUUAUACUUGCGGUUUUUAUGAUUUUGUAUUAAUUGUGAGACUACGUGACCAUUUAAAAAGACAAAGCGGCAAAUUAAUUUAUUGAUAUAGUGACCAGUGACAGCAAAAAUAUGAAUUUUCUGUUUAUUCAUCUGAAUUUUUGUGUUGCUGUUGCAUUUUUAACCACUAGAGAGCAAUGACUCCAUCCACCAGGUUCCUCUGAGAGUUACUGUAUCAUCAUGGCUUUGAUUGUCUCAGUGUGCAGUAUGAACACAAAUCUUUCGAUCCAAACCAUCCAAUAUUAAUAACAAGCUCUGGAUAGAACAAUUUCCAGCUAUCAAGUAUAUGACAAAUUUCACCUGCCAUUUAACUACUUUUGCUUCUUUGGAUCAUCAUUAGAAGCACCAAGACCACCACAAUAUGUGUAUGGUCAGUGAAAUAUCUUAUUGGGUGUGUACAAAUAUGUUGUUUACAUUUGUUAUUCAGAAUAUUCAAUGUGUGUGUGUAUGUGUAUUUGAGAGACAAAAGGAACAAGAGAGGGAUGUUAUUCUUAUUGUGGUCAAAUGGAGACGAGUUUAGAACCCCACAAAUGACAGAAUAAGAAAAGAAAGCAUAAAAUGAACUGCCAGUUCUGUGUAACAACAUAAACCAAAUAAAGAUUUAUGUGCAUAGUGAAAGAUGAAUUAUUUUGACAAAGCUUUUGUCUUUUUAGGCCACAUUACACAGCUGCUUUGUAUUGCCUUGAUGUGCUGUCAAAACUUGUUUAUAAACCAUUUGGCGUUUAGAAAAGACACUUACGAAAAACCUUUAGGCGGCACCUCGAUAAAGCCACAACGAACAUAUCAAAAUGUUCCAGAAACCAAGCCCACAAUUGUUUUGAUCAAGACAAUAUACAUGUAUACUGUAUCUAAAGUA